CUCUCUCUCUCUUCUUUCCCCUUUUACCGUUUUUCGUGUAUUCUACCUUGUUAUCAUACAAUGAUAUCUCCUAUACAGAAUGUUGUAUCAGAUCCCAAAUUAUUAAAUUCAUUCGAGUCAUUUUUACGGAGCAACCAUACACACCAUCUAGAAUAUAACCUGCUGUUUGUUGAGGCCAUGUCACAGCUACGACACGAAAACGAGUCUAAAAAGGUAGAAGCUAUGCUCCACAGGGUCUAUGACACAUUCUUGGCACCCAGAGCCAAACUAAAAUUAAAAGACGUUACUACGAGCGAGCAAGUACUUGAAGACAUCAAUGCUUUGUCCUGGUGUAUUUUAAGUAAUAAAGACGCCGCCGAAAUCCUCAAGGACACGGAACAGCAAGUUCUCGCCACACUGACAUUGAAACUGGAUGAGUUUUCUCGUGUGAAGAAUAUGAGUAUAUUAAAAAGCACAGCAGCAUCACCGCCGUCGCCGGACGCUCGCAACAGAAACGACCGACGAAUCCGUGUAAUGAUUAUCGGUGGUGGCUUCACAGGAUUUACAGUUGCAUCUAUUUUGGAUCGAAUGUCAUUAUUCCACAUUACUCUUAUUGAUACAAAAGACUCGUUCGAGUAUACUCCAGGCAUUGUAAAACGGAUUGUUCAUCCAGAAGGAUCAAGUUCAAUGCGCGUUCGCCAUGACGCAUAUGUACAAAAUGGCAAGGUGAUUAUAGGAUACGCAGAGGAUAUCGGGCAUGAUGCACGAUCCGUCACAGUGAACGAUGAAACUAUAUUCUUUGACUAUCUUGUAAUUGCCACUGGAAGCUCGUACACCUCCGAGUUAAAAUCCACAGAUGUAUCAUCGUUAUACCGGCUGUUCGGUUUGGAUCAGGUCAAUUCGGAGCUUGUCAAGGCUAAGCGGGUUCUCAUUGUCGGUAAUGGUUAUAAUCUAUACGUGCAUAAUCAUUACACAAACAAUAUCAGGUUAAUUGAAAAAAUCCUAACCCCAACUUAUUCAUGCACAGGUGGAGGACUUGUUGGUUGUGAGCUUGCCGCAGAAAUCGCAUCCAGUACCUUUCCAGGGCAAUAUCCAAAGAAGCAAGUGACGCUCGUGGAAUCACUCUCUGCUCUGCUGAGCAGAAGUGAUGCUGGUCAACAAGUGAAAGCAAUGACGUACUUGACCGAAGAAUUAGACGUCGAAGUCGUAUGCAACGAGCGUAUCAUCGACAUUACGGAUGGAGGCGCAGGCAGCAGAUAUGUCGGAUCCAGCGGACGAGAAUACAAUGCUUAUGACAAGGUUUUUAUGGCCACAGGUACACGUCCACACAGUGGGCUUUUACGGAACGCAACCAACGACCCGCUUCUGGAUACCUGCGUUGACGGGUGGGGCCACAUCCAAGUCAAGCCCACUCUACAAAUCGAACAUUGGAAAUACCGUCACCUUUUUGCUGGUGGUGACGUGACCAACGUCGUGGAGGAAAAGACUGGCUAUGCAGCCACAUUGGCUGGCGUCUGUAUCGCACGAAACAUAUGCCGCCUAGUCAAGGGCAAGGCACCUUUGCGGCAAGGAACAAAAGGAACUCUGCCUGCUCCUGACAAGCCGUUGCAUGGUAUCGUGGCACAGGAUGUGCAGGAAGAUAAACUUACAGUUCUCAAGAAACAUCUGAAAUUCCUGAAUCCAUCCUGGGCUGCAUUGAAACGGUAUGAUGAACAGCAGUAUCUUGAGAUGGUGCAAGGAGAGAGCGCGACAAUAUCGCCAACGUUUGGACGAUUACCUCGAAGGUUGACCCUGCCUGACAAACAAAACCAUGUCACUGUUGCAUUAUUGAAUAAAAGACAACAGUACAAGUAAUUGUGAUU